AAAUUUAUCUGACGGGCUAAAGUUCAGAGAAAUACCCUUGCCUAUGAGGUGGGGGGCUCCUGCCAGUCUCCCGACAAGGUCUGCCCGCUCCAGCCCCCUGAUUCCUAUCGAGAGUCGACGGAGAGCAAAGUUUCGGUGAGUCCAGUGGCCGGGCACGCUAAGCCGGCAUCGGACCGAGGGCACUCGCAGGCAUUCCGAAGGGUCUCUAACUGACUUCCCUGGGCAGGCUCGGCCACUGCCGCUCCGCUCCACGGCGGAGGUACGGACUCGGUCUCCCCCGCCCGCUGCCGGCAUGCGCUCGCCCCCGUCUCUGGCGGCCCAUCUCAGCCCCGGCUCCUGCCCCGCUGGACCCUGUCCCCCGCCAUAUCCCGGCUACCGGGCGAUGUCUGCUCCGCCACCCCGCCGGGCAGCGUUACCUGGAGCUCCCGGUGACCACUUCAUGUCCGGGGAGCGCGACGCCGGCCCCGCCGCCGCCUCCAGCCCCGGCCCCGCAUACCGCGCUCCGCUCGGCUCCGGGGGAAACUGGGGGCCCCGAGAGCGCGGCAGCGGCUCCGCUGCGCUCCCCCGCGGGCGCAGGCAGUGCUGGCCCGCUGCCCUCGGGAACGGAGCUGAGGCCCGAAGCUCGGCACCGGCGGCGGGUGAGGAGGGAAGGCAGCAGACUCCCAGUCACAGUGGCGACGGGGUUUUUAUCGCCUCCUGCCUCCGCCUUCCCGGUCUCUCCCGCUGCGCAGCGCCGGACCCUAUGCCGCUUCAGUCCGACGCACUCCCGGGGGGUUUCCGCGGCAGUGGGUCGGAGUCAUCGGUGCCCCGGGGGAGGAGCGCACCCGCUGCCCCCGCUCCGCCCCUCACCUCCCAGGGGGCUGCCCCGCUCCGCCUCGGUCCGCUCCCCUCCGGGUCUGGCCGCCAGCCGCUCUGCCCCCGCCGACAGCGGGAGGGCUUCGCCGCCCGGGUGGGCUCAGCCCCUCCGGUGCACACCAGCCCCGAGCCCCGAGCCUGGCCUGCAGCUCCUCGGCGCCCUGGCGGGGGGCAGGCAGGCCGGCUCUGCAGCCACCGGGGAAGCCCCGUUUUCGGAGGAGUGGACGCUGCUGAAGACGCGGUCCCCGUUAAAAUACAUCAAAACUCUCCGUAAGGGGAGAUGGAACCUCAGGGUGUUCGUAAGGGGCGGAUAAAUUUAAAAGGCAUCGUGUUAGCUCUGGAAAACCGUCCUCUGGUUCAUUAAAUGAUCAAAAGCCACGGAGGCUCCGUGGUAAACUGGGCUUUGAUGAAAGCAAAGGAGUCCAUCAAAUGAUACAAGUGGUUAUCUAAAAUUAAUUGCUAUAUAUACCGAGAUUCUCUUGACCAUGGAAUCUGUGGGAGAGCUGCUGCAAAUGAGGAAGUGUGACCAGAUCAGGAAGAGGCAAAACUGCAUCUGAAAGCCCAUGAACACAUUUCCCUCUUUUUCACACUGAUUUUAACCUCCCGCAGUGAAGUUUCUCACUACAUUUCCACCACAAUUUAAAGUACCCUACAUUUAGAGACUGACACCCUGGCUAGUUGAGCAAAUAACAGAGAUUGUGGAUUUAUUGUCAUCCAGAUAUAGUUUAUAGAACAGUUCUCGGCAAACGGGCUUGCAUGUUAAAGCUGCUGCGAAUCACACUUUUCUUCCAAAACCAAAGUGAUUUUUAAUAUGAGGAUUCAUGGCUACAUAUAAAGCUCAAAUUUAAGCUACAGGCAAACUAAAAUUCUUUAGUAUGGUACAAGGUAUAUGUUACAUAUGAUUCAAUACAGAUCUGGUGAGAUAUAGGUGAUACUGCUAUUGAUUUCAAAGCCUUUUAAGCCCUACCUUAUAAAAAUGCAGCUUUUUUGUCAUCAUUUUUUAUUUUGUGCUGAAUUUCUGCAUUUCUGUGCAGUAGGACUACACAACACUGAAGUAAUUUUAAUCUUCAGGUUAUUGAUUCAACAUUGAUUUGUUUUCAGACUCUCCAUAGGAAUAUUCAUUUGUUUAAAGAAGCUUGUUGUCUUCAUGUAGACUAAACCAUUAAACUUUUCUGGUGACCUCCAUGUUACAAAUUAUUAGGUGAAAUUUAAGUUGGUCACAUUGCCAAUACAGUCUGACAAAGAUGGUAGUCACUUUUUUAGUUUCCUUCCCUGCUGUCAAGACUGAAUAGGUUGACCCUGCAUUCUUUGUCAAGACCUACUUAUGGAAUAAAAAUUCCUUCUGUGGUAGGAUAUGGAGUAGCUGUCCAUUUGUGAUUUUUGUACACACUUUCAUUGAACUAAAUUAGUUUUAAAAUACUAACAAUUUUAAUUGAAGUUUGUUCAGACCUCAGUAAGUGUGAAGCACUUGUAGGUGCACAGUAACAGUACUGCUUGUAGCUAAGAUAUCUAGAUUACAGUCAUGAGAGCAGGACAAAGUGAUAAUUCCCUUGGGGAAGGCAGGAUUCACAUCAAAGGGAAGUCUAAUACUUACGGUAAUAAGAAUUUUGUUUUCCAAUUCUGUUUUUCUUGUUAAUGCUGACUGGGAUUUGCUUUUUAUGUUGGAGAUCUCAGGGCCCAGAUUCUCAAGAAAUUGAUGGGAGUGGUGAUGAUCCUUACAUGAGCUGCUCAGAUUACAGAGAGAGGUCAUCUGCCAAUAAGCAGACUUUGCAGAGACAUCAUGAUCAAGAGAUGUAUUGGAUGGUCUGAAAGGAGUUCAGAACCACAGGACUCUUGUAGGUCUGAAAACAUCUGGUUGCUGAAAAUUACUGAAAGCUCAGUAAAUUUUGAUCCCCCAAAAAGGUUUUGAGAGUUGACAAGUGCAUGGCAUGAUUCAAUCUAAUUCAUUGUGCUAUUUCACAACAUAAAGGUGCUUUUGUCACUUGGAAGAUUGCUUUUUAAAAUCUAGUUUGGAUGAGAACAAUUGGUAAUUAAUUUUCUUCUACCAGAUAAUACUGAUGUGAAAACAGUAACUAUCCAAAAUCUUUGUGGAUUAUACACGGACACAAGCUGUGUGAAGCUGACAGUACAUUAAUUAGGAUGUGAAACCUUUCUUUUGAUACUCUGUACAAAUGUAAGGUUUCUAGCAUCACCAGUAGAGAUUUUUAUUGCAGAGAAUUGCUGAUAGCUGUCUGCUUCUUCCAAAACCAUCAGGAUUCUGCCUGUGUUUCCCUGCCCCUCUACCAAACUAUCUAUUAGAGUGAAAGCUUUUCAGUUCUUGUUUUCACAUCCUAUGCAGUGCCAUACAGACUGAUAGGGCUUGAUAAGGUCUUUUAAUAACAAUAUUUCCCUUAUGAUCUUGAAAGCCCCCACAAAUACAGAAAUGCCUCUGGUAUCUUCAAAAUUAAAUCUGUUUAGUAAAAAGGCAAUUUUAUUGCAGUUAUAUAAUUAAAUUGAUUAUUAAAGGACUUUAGUUUCAAAAGCUAUUUGUUUAGGGGGAAUUUAUAAUACCUUCAUGACCGCAGUGUAACUACUGGGCUAGGGACUAAUUAGGAAGGGGGUACUGGAAGAAAUCUUUGUUCGCGAAGGCUAGGCAUGAUGACUGGAAGAAAGGAAUAUCCUCCACUUCCAGAGCCUCUUAGGCUCUGUUUCAGGCAAGAGCAUGGUUUUCCUGCCAUAGUGCUCAUGCAGGAGGCAGGAUUUCCAGUCUCCAGUUUUAAGCCUGGAUAUAUACAUUAUAGCCAUUAGAUAGCACACAGUAAAAAGGGUCAGAGUCAUCUUCCUUUUUGUGAUUCCUGUCUCUCCAUCCUGAAUUAAUUCUGUUUCAGUGUAAGUCUGGUCCGGGCUUUAGGGUACUUCAGUUAGCCGGGAGAGGAGGGCUGCAGUGCCUCUGCGUUUCGCUCACAAGAUCCACUCUGUUGACAAGCAGCAGAUCAAGGAGACCAUCUUUCCGAGUCUGCUCCCUUGAGACCUGUUCCAUAAAGUUGUCAUUCAGUUUUUUAGGAAUAUUCUAGCCCAAGUGGUACCAGCUAUGUGAUGCUCCCAGUUAAUUUCUGGCAAGUUGAAAUCCCCAUAAGGACAGGGGCAGUUCACUUGCAAGUGUCUCUUAGUUUUUCAAAGAAUAAUUUGUUGGCAUGAUCAUCCUGGCUAGGAGGUCUGUAGCAGACUCCCACAAUGACAUCUUGCAUUAUUUGUUUGCUCCUUGAUUCUUACGCAGAGGCUCUCAACAGUGCCAUUGCCAGCUGUGAGCUCCAUACAUUCUAACCCUUCUAUUACAUACAGUGCCAUCCCUCUGCCUCUUCUGCCUUGCCUAUCCCUCCUGAAGGGACUGUAAUUGUCCAGCAGAGCACUCCAGUCACAGGAUUCAUCCCACCAGGUUUAACUUAUGACAACGAUGUCAAAUUUCUGGGACUGGGCCAAAGCUUCAAGCUCCUCUUUUGUUCCUCACACUGUGUAUGAGUGUAGAAACAUUUCAGGUGUGGUACAUUGUAGCCAACACUUUGUGAGGCAGAUUGAGGGUUUUCUCAAGUUUUGGCAUACCAUCCCAUCACUCAUCACUGGUGAGCCUGGUUUUGUCCCUUUCCCUCUUCCAAGCUAGUUUAGAGCUCUGUCAAGAAACCCCGCCAGCUCCUGUGCUAGAACUCUUUUUCCCUCGUGAGACAGGUGUAUCCUGAAAGGUGUCAGUAGACCAGGUGUCAACUAGAUCAUCCCAUGGGCAAAAACCCCCAAAUUUUUCUGAGUACACCAACCUCAGAGCCACUCAUUGACCUGAUGGAUCUGCCUAUUCCUAUCAAUAUUAUUCCUUGUUACUGGAAGAAUCAAGAAAAUCACUACCUGUGCUCCUGAUCCCUCUACCAACCAUCCCAGGGCUCUGAAGUCUAUUGAUAGCCUUCAGACUUCUCUUUGUUAUUUGGUCACUGCCAGUUUGAGCAACCAAUAGCAGAUAGUAAAUCAGAGGGCCUUACUAGACAGGAGGGUUAUCCAGUAAUGUCCCUUAUCGGAGCCCCUGGGAGACAGCAGGCUUCCCUGUGAGUUGGGUCCAGUCUGCAGAUCAGGCCCUCCACUCCCCUUAGUAAGGCGUCUCCUGUUACAACUAUCCUCUUUUCCUAUUUACAGAGGAUGUCUUGGUGCAGGGUACAGCUUUUGUUGUUUUUGGAGGCCCCACUACCCCAGAAAGGCCUUCAUCCACCUCAUCAGUUUUCUGGCCUUCCAGAGCCUGUUGUAGAAGGUGCCAGUCCUACUUGUCAAAUUCUGAGAAGGAACCUUCCUCCUGGUACAUGCAAUGACUCCUCCUGCUUCCAGCCUUCAUCUUUAACAGACCCUUGACUAACAGUCCUUUGACUAAUAGCCCUGCAGGGUUUUGAGUCCACCUGCUUCUCCACUGCAAUAGAGAUUCAAGACUCCUGAGAGUCUUAAGACUGUAGUGUCUCUGAAAAUGAUUGAUCUGCCUUUUGCUCAUUUGCUCGAACACUACAAAGCCUGUUCACUUCUUCCUGUAGCUCCUUCACCUGGCGACACGGUUCUUCAACCACAGCACACCUUCUGCAAAAUACCUGUUUGUCUACCCCAGCCUCACAAAGAGCAUCCUGGCAACCUGUGACCUGGAGAGCUGUGUCUGCCAUCAGCAGGUCUGUCUGUCUGGAGGCCUCUGACAUGGCUGGUUCAGUGACUCCUGCAGCUACAGGUGAUUGAGCUCUACAGCGUGUCAACAGCAUAAAUGAAGAAGCUUAAACUAGUAUGCUAAUAAGACCUGGGCUGCAAGGAUGUCUUUGCUCUUCCUUAUGAGAUACUAAGUCUGUUUUCUGCCUCUAUUAGCCGCUCCUGGAUGGUCAGAGAGGAGCUCUUCCUGCCUGCGUGAACUGCCCUGCAAACUGCCGUGUCACACCCUCACUGAUGUGCCACAACCCUGUUUGCCCGUUCCUGUUCACUGCUCUCUGGGUCGCUCAUGCUCCCUGCAACCAUUUAAAUGUUCCUGGGUCGCUCCUGGCACUGCUCCCUCCUUGUCUGUUUAGCUGCCAAGGGCUUCCAGGUCGUGGGGCUGCUGCAUGGGCUCUUGAAGUCAGGAACACCGCUGUACAGCUGGAUCGCACCCCCUGUACUUCCCUUCACUUGCGUCCGCUUAAACCUCGAAGAGACAUGGGGUGUCACCUGUCCACCAGUGCCACCUUUUCUCAUUUGCUCAGAAUUGCCACCAGCUGGUGCCAGCUGGGGGCCUCCAUUCCGUGACCAGUGUGUGGAAUCCCAGAUGACAGUGCUGCAGGAUCCUCCAGGCUGAUAUGAAGACACCAGAUCUAGUACAGCUCACCCCUACAGCUGUGUUUCCUCAGGUGAUCAGUCCUGGGGACAGAACUGCUGGGAGAAGGGAGAUCCUUCUGUGGCAGUAGAGAAGAGGAGUGCUUAGACGUGGGUGUGAGAACAAAACAAUAAUGGAAAAAAAUAGUAGGCAGUAAUUGCACAGAGAAAAGUUAUGAACCAAGGUAAACACAGGUAAGCUUAUUUCUGGUUGAUAUUGUGUGGUCAACAGUAUAAAUCAGAAACUACACUGAAACCCAAGAUUUAUCAAAAAAAUCAGGUAAUCAUGGAAGAUUUUAGAUAGGAAGGAACUGUUGGAGACCAUCUGGUCCAACCUGCCUGCUCAAAGCAGGGUCAGCUGUGAAAUCAGUUCAGGUUUCUCAGGGUCUUGCCUAGUUCUGGCCUCUCUGAGCAACCCUUUCCCAUGUCCCAGUUCAGCUUGUCCAAGCUGAGAAAACUUUGAUCCUCUUUCCCAGGCAGAUAUGAUUGACAAGCCAUCUCCUGAUUGGAAAACCUCUGAAUCACCUGCCUAGUAACACUGGGUAAAAUUUCAGUGUAAAUACUGGCAGUGGAUGGCAGCUCUGUGUGAGCUUUCUUACAGUGAUUUUCUGUGAGACUUGUAUAAAAUGAAGUGUGCAGGUAGCCUGUAGCAUCUGUCGGGAGUUACAGAGGUCUCUGCUGUAUUCCCCUAAUUUUUCUGCAGCCAGAAAUGUACUUUUUUCUCUGUCUUCUGUCCUUUCCACCAGUUUACCUGUUUCUGAUCUAAUGGGAAAGAGAUCUUCAUAGAAACUAAGCUUUUAUUCAGCCAAGCCUGGCUCUGCGUGAGCCGUCACCUGCUCCUAAUAGCCACCCCACUCGGCCUGAGGAUUUAGCUUGGCAGAACUCAAGGUUUUCAGGGAAAUAAACUUUACAAUUUAUCUUCACAUCCACUCAAGCACAUCACAUAGUACAGCAAAUUAGCAAAGAUUUUUUUAAAAGUAAAAAUCACUCCAUACUGCAAAAAGAAAAAAAAAAAAAGAGAAAAAGCUAGU